GGUACGGUCCACACAACAUACGCGGAGAACUCCAAAGAAUCGGGCGGAGAAUAUACAACAUUAAAACUCACACCUGUAUACAUGUAAUAUUUACACAUACACAUCGGUUUUGUUGUUGCAGGUAGAUUGUGCGAAACAUAGCGAUUUGUUAUUUAUGAUCACUGAUGGUCAAUUAUGACGCUUCUACGUUCAAAGUGUUACAACCAAGCAUGAAGCACGCAUGCCCGUACGUUGACAGCCGUUAGAAGAGAACAACAACACCAAACAAGAUAAAAAAAGUGUACACAAAGGCGGCGCGCCAAACAAAAGCAUUGCGCGAUCUAAUAGAAAAGCUAACGUUCAGAAGGUUAUUUGAAUAGAAAAAGUGGCACAGUGAACAAUAAACAGAAAACAGAAGCAGACCCAAAUACAUGUUUGCUUUUGUAGAAUACACGUCCUAAACUGAUAUCAUUUAACAUUUAGUAUAUCCUCUUCACAUACGCUUACAAAAUAAAUAAUAUGUGUGAAGUUUUAAAAAACAAAAAUUGCUAUAUAUUGCACAUCCUCUUGUUCGUCACAUACUGUGGCGAAGCACACGCAGCGAACACAGCGGAUUACGCACCUAGGAGCGCGCACAGCAGUUCCACGGACGUCGACGCGGAGCACAUGGCUAUAGCUUUGCCGAAAGGCUUCCGGCCACAGGCGCCGCCCUUCAAACCAAUGCUACUACCCUUUGCGACGCCGGCGCCUAGUAGUCCCUUCGGCGGCUGGAGACCAAUAGUUGGUGCUGCCAACGCGCCAACUUAUCGCAAUACAAUGCCACCGCCAAAACCGCUGGCGCCACCGCCACUUGCCGUGUUGCAAGAUCGCAUGGAUACGGCGACACAAGAACAAAACCUCGCGGAACCACUGCUGGAAUCGAUUGUUUAUGGUACUUGGAAGCCAGAACGGCCAUUGGGACCUAACGAAACACCAGCGCCCACCAGACGCGUCACUACUCCUGCGACACCAGUUCACAAUCAUAAAGGACAACCACCCAACGCAUUCGAGGAACUCUUUGUUCAACAUCCGAUCGUGAACGUGCAACCUGGCGCUAAUGAUGUGAUAUUGUUUAUGAAAAAUGGAAGUAGACGGAUUGGGGGAACCCGCGCACCUCACACCGCCACAGUGCCCACUGAAUUCAUCAGCGUCAAUAUGUCCGAUCAGCGUCUACUGGAAAUGGCGAAACAGAUAAAUGAUUCGUUUGGUGAAAUUGCAGCAUACACACACAAACCCAAAAAAACCACAUUACACGAAGAAAGCGAAGAUACCACGCAGGAUGUCGGCAUUGAAAAUGAGAGUGCCGCGGAUGUAGAAACGAAAGCGGAAACGGAAAAUUUGGCAUUAGAUGUUAGUAAGGUGUGGCCAACAGAUUUCAUUGUUUCCGUGGAAAAGAACAGCAAGCAGAACUCUACACCUACUAUAAGUAAUAGGCUUUCAGCUGCCAAAUCAGAUGAAAUGACAGAAUCGUUGAAUGGUUUAAGCCUACCGAAUGCGCUGUUACCGCAGAUUUCGCUCAACAUAACGAAAGUGGGUGUACCGUAUGAGAAACAAAGCUCUGCCGAGAACCCCACCAUUUGUGUACCGCUUACCGUGCUUGAGCAGUUAAACCAAGUAGAGGUAUUGGAAGUGGAACGGGUAUAUUGCUUCCCGCUGCCACCUACACACAAACGACAUACGGGGACCCCUAAGCCGAAAGUCGCAAUAGCAAAAGUAGAGAAUUUUACAGAAUACGAAGCCAUAAAUGCGUCAAAUAUGUUGAAUUGGAGUUCUGUAAUGAUAACGAGUUCCUACUUCAAGGAUAGGGUUUAA